AUGCCUAUGAAAUGGACCCCCGAAAACGACCAGCUCCUUCUCCUGAAGAUCCUCGAAACUCAUGACCUCUCCGUCGACACCAAACGAGUCGCCGAAGCAUGGCCCAAAGGCGACAACAAACCGACCCCACGCGCCAUCACUGAGCGCCUCGUCCGCAUGCGCCAGAUCGUGAAGGCCUCCUCCAACGGCAGCGACGGCCACUUCAGCAUCGGCAAGGGCACCGCCAACAGCGCCGCCUCGACGCCGCGCAAGCCGCGCUCCACCUCCACCCCCAAAGGCGGAGCGGGGCCCAAGACGCCCGCCUCCAGUGGCAAGCGCAAGCGGCGCAAUCCCUACGACGACGGGGACGGUGACUCCGAUGAUGAUAGGGUCGCCGUUAAGAUGGAAGCGGACGAUCUCGACCUCGACGCCACGCCCUCCAGGAAGAGACCGCUGCAGCCGGCGUUUGCGGGGUUGAAUCUGGCGCAGGGUGUGCGCGUCGGCACGACGCUUAAGCUGGAGCCGCGGGAUGAGGAGGGUGUGUUUGGGGUGGAGGAGUCGCCGAGCAAGCGGGUGCGCAAGGCGAGUGUCCUGCCGCCGGGUAUGGUGAGCUAUGAUGUCGAUGAGGACGAGGGGGAGACUUCGGCGUCGGAGUAUCAGCCUGAGGUGGGACAGGGCGAGCAGGAGGCUGAUUUUAUGAUGGCUGCGUGA